AAUAAUGUUUAACACCUAACGGGACAUGCUAGAAAGUACAGUAAUAAACAAUGUUGUUCGUGUAAUCUGUAAGAAACAAUGCAAAUAUAUAAUAAAAGAAAUUGUAGUUUUUUCAAAAAUUGAAUAUUUUGAGAUAGAUUUAUAGAUUUAGUGUAGCAUGAUGAGAUAUCAUUUUUGUACUCUCAAUAUUUUGGUUAUAUUAACGUUAAUUAUUUGAAAACAUUUAUUUUUAUUAAUUGUAUGCCGAAAAACUCCUGCAAUAAAUUUGUAAAUAUAAUUACGUUUUAAAAAAUAUGAAGUUCUAGUUAUUGGAAUAUAAACAUACAUGAAACAUUAAUGAAAUUAGCUUUUUAUAAAAUUUAUAAAAAUGAGUUUGGAAGAUGAAUGUAACAUAACUGCAAGGUAUCGAACUGUCCGCAAGCAUUUAGAUAGCUUAGGAUACAAACAAGCACUUACAUUAGACUCACUUCCUCUGAUAGAGAAGUUAUUGGCUGAUUUGAUACAAACAACAGAAAGCUUAAAGCAUUUUAAAAGCAUUGCUCAAGAAAACAUUGAGGCACACGUUCAGUUACAAUCAACAAUUGAUCCGUAUAAAUGUGAUAAUGUAAGGCUAGUACAAGAAUGUAACCAGCUUCACUUAGAUUUGAUAAAAGAAAAGGAAUGUCAUCAAAAGCAAAUUAAAGAUCUCAAGAAGGAAGUAUAUAAAUUAGAACGUGAAUGUAAUGAUCUUCAGUUGGCAUCUUCUAGGAAUUUACAUAGAAUUAAGGAGCUUGAAGCUGAAUCUGCUAAAAAAUCAAAAAGAAUUUUGGAACUGCAAGGAAAAUGUUUAAAACCAACUGUCAGUAAUGUUGGACUAGCUUCUAAGAAACGUCCUGUUUUUCCACUUCGAAGACCCGUUAUAGAAAGUGAACCAUUACCAAAAACGGGAAAUAAAUCUACUCCGUUACCAAAUUUAAGUGUAGUGGAACCAAAAAUUGUUGAUUUGUUAAGCAUGGCUGAUCAUAAGAUGAAUUGUUUAAGUCAUGAGGUAACAAAAUUAAAGGGAGAACUUUCUUUACAAACCGACAAUAUACAAAUAUUAAAAAGUCAGUUGACUACUAAGGAAAAAGAAAUUUUGCGAUUAAAGAAGAUGUUAGAAGGAGGUAGACCAUAUUUAGCUGUUUCUAAAGAUUGUGCUUGUAAAAAAGCAGACUGCAGUUUUGUAACAUCCAAUUUCAAUAUAGAUAGUAAUGAAUUAAAAGUUCUUCAACAAGAAAAAUUAGAAUUAGAGCAACAAUUAAAAGAAGCUUUAAAUAAACAGCAUGAUGCAAUGUCUCAAGCACUGAAACUUGCUGAUCGAAAUGAGGAAUUAGAAAAAGAAUUAAGAGAUAUAGAUCACAUUGCAUUAGCUGUGGAAGCUGAUUGUAAUUCUGCAGUUAAAGAAAACAAUAGAAGAGUUUCUAAAUUGCAGGAAAAAUUAGAGAAUGUAAUGGCACGAGUACAUGUAUUAGAAGGUGAAUUGACCAUUGAGCGUAGAGAAGUUCAAGAAUUAAGAGCAGAUCUAGAAACUUGUAAAUUAGAGAAACGUAAUAUUGAACGUACUUUGGAAUCUACAUUAGAUGAGAAAAAGCAGAUGACUGACAGAAUAAAUGAAUUAACAAUAAUUGAAAAAAAUUUAAAUGAUGAAAUUGAAAGAUUAAUUAAGGAAAAUGAAAAACAAAGACAAGAUAUUAUUCAAUUACAAUAUAACAAUAAAUUAUUAAAAGAAGAAAUGAAUAGAACAGAAAUAUUAGAUGAUAAUGGAACAAAAGGUGCUAAAGAAAAAAGACGGCAGAAUAGUUAUGAUAAAGGAGAGAAUAGAAUAGAAUUUCAAGAACCAUAUAGAGAAAAAGAUUUUCUUCAAGGAAUAAAUAAUGCCGAAUGUGAGAAAGAAAUUGAAAUAAAUGAUUUACAACAAGCUAUUGAACAAUUAAGGAGAGAGCGAAAUUUCUACAAAAAUGAAUAUAAAAAUAUUAAGGAUAACUAUAAUAAAGUGAUCGAAAAAGACCACGUUGAUCUAUGGUCACGAAUUCGAGAAUUAAAAUGUCAGUUAAACGAAAAAGAAAAUGCACUAGAUGAAUUACAGCGAGAAAAGAAGGAAUUAUAUCGUGAAAAAACUAAUUUAGAAACACGUUUACAAACUUAUAAAACUGAACAUAAAAUACCUUGUCGAUCUUGCAAUCUAUGUAAACGUGGUGUUGCAUGUAAUUGUUCUGCUUCAGUUAUUAAAGAUCUAGAUAAAAUGAAGAAUAUUAUUGAACGUCUGGAACAUGAACGUGAUAUUGCACGUGCUGAUGUUGAUCGUUUAAUCGAAGAACGUGAUGCAUUACGCGAAAGAUUGAAGAUAGCAGCAGAAGCACACACAUCUGAACAACGUCGUUUAAGAGAAAACUUGACCGAUGUUGAAACACGAUUAAAACAAAUAGAAAAAGAACGACAAGAACUCUUACAUACACAAGGAGCACGAAGAGCUACCAUAAAUGGACUUGAAGAUCAAUUACAAGAUUUGCGAGAAGAAUUAAGACGAACUAAACAAGAAUUAGGAACUCAGCGGACACAAUAUUUUCAACUUCGAGCUCUACAAGAUCAAACUGAUCAGGCUUUAACAGAUGCUCAGAAUCAAUUAACACACUCAGAAUCGGAAUUAAAUAAAGCGUUGGAUCAUAAUCGGACCAUGGAACGGCAGCAGUUACAGCUUGAAAAUCAAAUAGAAGAAUUACAACAAGAAAUUACUAAUCUUAAAGCAAAUAUGACACAUCUGGAUCAUGAAAAGGAUCAAUUAUUGAUGGUAUUGGACGAGAAGACAGAAAGAAUAGCUACUCUAGAAAAAGAAAUUAUAAUGAAAGAACAACAACUAAUAGGAAGGGAGCAACAGGUUCGUGACCUACAACACAAAAACGAAAUAUGCGUGGAUCAAAGCGCGGAUCAGAGCAGACAACUAAGAUCGAUACAGCUGGAGAUGGAAAAUCUUCAGCGACAAUUGCAAACGGCCUCGUACGACAGGGAGAACGCUAUUCAGGAAAAUCGACGAAUCCAGGAUGACUUAGCUGCGACUACUUGCGAAGUAAGGAACCUGCAGCGCGAAUUAGAAACGUCUCGCGCGGAAUCGUUCGAUCUGAAGAGACAGCUUCAAACUUAUGUUAGCGAAGUCCGUAGGGCUGAGGAACUUCUUACUAGAAAGGAAAAUGAACGGACAGAAAUGUUGAAUCACUUCAGAAGCCUGAGUUUAGAGGCAACUGUUUUAGAAAACAAUAACCAUAGUUUGGAAUCUGAAGCAGCUGAAGCAAGAGGAGCACUCCAAACGGCUAAAGAUCAGCUGUUAGAUUUAGAACGACAAUUAGCGGACAAGGAUAGCUUAAUAAGAGGCUACGAAACGCAGAUCAGUGAACUGACUCAAACUGUAGCUAGUAUGGAAUCACAAUUACGUCAACAAGGUGAACAGAAGCACAUUGCAGAAGCUGAUUUAACUGCUGUUAGAGAUUUAUGCAUGAAAUUAGAUCAACAGAAAGAUGCCCUUAUGCAACAAUUAAAUGAUAAGGAUGCACUUAAAACGCAGUAUGAUAUGCAAAUUGCUAAAUUAAAAACGGAGCAAGCCGUAAUCCAAGACCAAAUGACUAAGGACCGUGCAACAGUUGAGCGCCUUCAAAUGCUGUUAGAUCAAGCGAGACAAGAGUCUAUAACUGUCCAGACUAAUAAUCAGGAACUCCAGAAUGAAAUGGCCAGAUUGAGGCAGAAAAUGUCUGAACUUCAAAAUAAAUUGUCUUCAGAAUCGGCGAAACUUCGACAGUAUCAAACUCAAGCUGCAGAAUAUUCCAAGCAAAUCAGCGAACUUCGUAGACAAGUAACGAAUGAAAGAUUUGAUCGCGCAAGAAAAGAAGAAGAACAUCGUAGAUAUUCAGACAGUCUCCCUGAUUCAAUCGCACAAACUUCACUUCCUAAUCAAACUAAUAAUCAAAUUCCUAAUGAGACAAAUGAUGCAAAACACAGGUCUUUAAAUUCAACACCAGACAGUUUUAAUGUAGAUUCAAAUGUGGUUAUAUAAAGUGACUUAAUCUACUCUAAUCAAUAGAUAUUUCCAGAAUGAAACAAGGAGAAAAUGUGAUGGUCAGACUGAAAGACGCGGAGUGCAAAUAUUAAAUCCCAUCGUUGUCGAAUGCAGUAACCACUCGCAAGAUGCUCAAUGUGAUGUUCCUUGUAUAAAUAUAAUGU